AUGGGUAUCCACAACGAGCCCGGCUCUCACCGAGUAAAGGCCACCCUCGUCGAGCUAGUCAAGACCAUGCUCCUCCAGUUACUAGACCACAACGACCCCGACCGAGCCUUCAUCACCCGCAAGCCAGAGGACAAGUUCGUCCUGCUGAUCAACAACCUCGGAGGCGUCAGCACUCUCGAGCUAUCAGGCAUCACCGACGAGGUCUACCGUCAGCUCGGCGCAGACUACAAGAUCAAGCCCGAGCGCAUUAUCCAGGGUACAUUCCUCACCAGUCUGAACGGUCUGGGCUUCAGCGUUUCGCUGCUGAAGCUGGUCGACACUGGGCUCGGCCCCGGAAAGUCCUUCCUUGAGCUCAUUGAUGCUCCCGCCGAGGCCGUCGGCUGGGCUGCACCCAUCACCCCGGCUACCUGGGAACACCGUAACUCGCCCCCCGUUGAGCUGAAGCAAGUCAAGACCGGCGAGCAACCACCCAGCAACGUCAAACUCGACAUCUCCACAAUCCGCACAGUCCUCGGCGCCGCCCUGGAACGGAUCAUCUCCGCCGAGCCCAAAAUCACCCACUACGACACAAUUGUCGGUGACGGCGACUGCGGCGUGGGCCUGAAGCGCGGCGCCGAAGCCGUCCUCUCCCUCCUCAACGACUCCUCCGCAAACCUCAACGACGACGUCAUCAACACGGUCAACCGCAUUGUUGGUGUCGUCGAAAACACCAUGGACGGCACUUCGGGCGCCAUCUACGCCAUCUUCCUGAACGCGCUCGUCCACGGGCUCCGCGAGCAGGAUAAGGGCUCCGAAACGCCUGCUAAUGUCGAUAUCUGGGGAACCGCGCUGAAGUAUUCACUCGCUGCGUUGGGGAAGUAUACGCCUGCGAAGCCCGGUGAUCGCACGAUGAUUGAUGCGCUGGUUCCGUUCUGCGAGACGCUCGUUGAGAAGAGGGAUGUGCAUACUGCUGCCAAGGCGGCGGCGGAGGCAACUGAGGCGACAAAGCAUAUGAAGGCGAGCCUGGGGAGGACGGUGUAUGUUGGUGGGGAGGACGAGUGGGUGGGGAAGAUUCCCGAUCCUGGUGCGUACGGCCUCAGCGUAUUCUUUGAGGGGUUGGCGAGCGCUCUUUAG